GAAUGAUGGGAUUGGAUUGGUGAUUGGGUUGGUGACUUGUGAAUGGUGUAAUAGAAAGAAAGAAAAUAAAGGUACUAGUCUAAAAGGAUAAAGGUUCAAGCCUCCACCACAAACGCAGUCAUGUUAACAGCAGCAACAGCAGCAGCAAUCCAAGUUCCACUGCUACAAUCAUCAGUAUAUCAUCAUCAUCAUCAUCAUCAUCACCAUGGGUCUUCUAAAGUUGCCCUUACAUAUAUUACCACUAGAAGAAGAAGAAGGGAACUGAUUUCACUGCGCCUCACCACCACGUCGACAUCACGUCGUAACCGCGACUAUCUACUACCACUAGUCACUGCAGCUUCCAAAUCCCCAAAUUCAAAUUCAACUUCAAAUGCAGAUGAUGAGGAUGAUUUGUACUUUUUGCUGAAGCUCGGGGCUGGGUCUUUCGCAGGCGCAGCUGUAAUAAAGUACGGCAGCAUUCUUGUGCCAGAGAUCACAAGGCCAAACAUCACACUAGCUCUCAUUAUGAUAUCCGCACCUGUUUUAGUAUCCAUUCUUAUUUUGAUCAAGCAAAGUCGCGUUGAACAACAAUAAAUAAACACGAGUUUCACUUCU